AUUUAGUUUUUACCUCUAGUCUUCUCUUUCCAAGAAAAGCAUUCCAAAAAUGGUGAAGUUGGCAAUUGGUAGCAUUGGUGACUCUUUGAGUGCCGGUUCAAUCAAGUCUUACUUAGCCGAAUUCAUUGCCACACUUCUCUUCGUAUUUGCGGGUGUUGGGUCAGCUAUUGCGUAUGGUAAGCUUACUACAGAUGCGGCACUAGACCCUGCUGGACUAGUCGCAAUAGCGAUAGCCCAUGCUUUUGCACUAUUUGUUGGGGUCUCAAUGGCAGCAAACAUAUCGGGUGGCCAUCUGAAUCCGGCAGUCACCUUUGGAUUAGCUAUUGGUGGUAACAUCACCAUCAUAACCGGUCUAUUUUACUGGAUUGCCCAAUGUCUUGGUUCCAUUGUUGCAUGCUUUCUCCUUCAGUUUGUUACCGGUGGCUUGGCCGUACCAACACAUGGAGUUGCAGAUGGCAUGAAUGGUGUUCAAGGAGUUGUGAUGGAGAUCAUCAUUACCUUUGCUCUAGUCUACACAGUUUAUGCCACGGCCGUUGACCCUAAAAAGGGCUCACUUGGAACCAUUGCACCCAUGGCAAUUGGUUUCAUUGUUGGAGCCAACAUUUUGGCAGCUGGUCCUUUUAGCGGUGGAUCAAUGAAUCCUGCUCGAUCAUUUGGCCCAGCCGUAGUUAGUGGUGACUUCUCUCAAAACUGGAUUUACUGGGUCGGCCCGUUGAUUGGUGGUGGGUUGGCUGGAUUCAUAUUUGGUGAUGUUUUCAUUGGAUCAUAUGAGACACUUCCAGACUCUGGGGACUAUGCUUAAGAACCUCCCUUUUUUUCACUUUGUAUUUUCUUUCAUGAUUUUCGCUAAAGGGUCGAGGAUGUAACAUCCUUAUUGUUUGAGGACCAGUUCAAGAAUUACGUAGGGUUGGUUAUAUUUUGAAGAUUUGCAACCCUAUACUUUGUACUUUGUUUUUGUUUUUGUUUUUUCCAACAACUUUCAUCCUGCUGCAGUGCUGCUUGUAAAUUCAGAAUGUGAAUGCAAUGAACAAUGAUGUGUCCAUAUAUUAAAGGAAUCAACUUCAAAAUGAAA